AUGGAGACGUUCGGUCAGCAAUUGUUGAGUUUUCCGGAGAGGAGGGUGAGUGUCGAUGGCGAAGUGGCGAGGUUUCCGACUAUCAGGGAUCUGGUCACUGUGCCCAAUUACAGCGGGCGUCUCGGCAUGACACUUUCAGACCGCUUGUUGCAGAGCAGAUUGAGUCUGAUGGAGGCCAUGUACGGCAGGACCACAGCUGCGCCGUUCGAGUGCGGUGCAUCAGAGUGCUCGUGGGACAGCCACGUCACAUUGGGCUUGUGUUCCACCUGCAGAGACAUCAGCGACACGCCGCCCGACUGCAAGGUCAAAGUCCUCAUGGAUCCCCACAGUUACGUCGAUAACUUUGGUCAGACGCACAAUACGACAUACAACACGACGACUCUGGAAUGCAACUACGACGCGACACAAUACAGUCCUAACCUCACCACCAUCAGGAACUCCCUUCAUGAAAGUCCGCCUCCGGACCCGAAUAACGCAUCUGCCUGGAUCUACAACACGGCGAUCGAUGUCGUGACCUGGAACGAAUACGCAUACUUCCGCAAAGGUCAGCCCGCCGUGGCUUACAAUUUUAGCGUGUUGAUUGCGAACGAUACCUGGGAACGUCCACAAAUCACUACAUGUACGAUAAACUACUGUGCCUGGGUUUACGAAAAUUCGACAGCUCGAGGUCAGAACUUCAAUGUCGGCACCCUAAACAAGUACAUUCUUGGGUACGAGAGUAUAAAGCGGACGGAAAAUGGUCCCGGAUCCAACUGGCGAACUAGCAACUACACUUUCCGGGCCAACGGUACUGGAUUCCCGAGCGACAAAUUCAACGAUACCUUUCUUAUAUACGGCGAUGCGGAUGACGAACUGACCAGCCAUCUGACCACAAUCCUUGAUUCUGCUUCGUAUGAUUUUUAUAGCACAGUUUACAAUGAUGUAACGCCAGGGUUGGGCGAGGCAAUGCUUGCGAACCCGAACAUCACUGAAAUGGCUGAUCGAAUGACCACCGGCAUAACCAAUAUCUGGCGUCAAUAUGAGAAUGAGCAGGCGAUUGGUACAGCUUGGGAGUCGGUAGCCUUCAUCCAUGUCGAAUGGGUAUGGCUUGCAUUGCCAGCUGCAGCAGUACUGGGUGCGAGUGUUGUAUUGGUCAUGACUCUGAUACAGAACAGACGCACAGUGUUGUGGAAGUCGUCUGUUCUCCCAUACUCUUUCCGAGCACUCCAGGGAUGGGAAGAUGCUGAAUUCGACAUGGAGACGCUAGACGAGAUUAGAGAAAGAGCAAAGGAAAUGACCGGUCAGCUUGUUGGAGACAUGAACGAACGGGUGAGGCUAGUCAAGUCGUGA